AUGUACCGAUCAUGGAUACCGCCAUUUCUACGGCCCGAUUUUACCUGGCCCCGACCGAUGCACUCAACAAUAUGCGAAGCCACGCCGGAAUUGCCACAUAUUCCGAGCAAAGUGACACGCAGAGCCUGCGGGAUAUUCCAUAAAUUAUUGUACCGAUUCUCAAAUUGGUACUGCUUAUGGUUCAAAAUACCUUUCGAUGCCAAUAUUAUCCAGUUACCAUUUGGCUUAAUUCUGAAGUGGACCGAUCGGACGAGUGUGGAAGAAGCUGUCGCAAUGCAAAUGGCACGAGCUGCCGGAAUACCAGUUCCAAAAGUUCUAUCUUGCGGUGAACAUCUCGAUGAGGACUUCAAUCGUAUGUUUUCAAUAUUGAUGACAAGACUGCCCGGCACAGCACUCGAGAACUCAAGCGAUCCUUUACAUAUUGAAGUGGAAGAGCCGUGGCUUUUCGAACUAAAGGAAUGUAUCAUUUCAAUGCGUAAAUGGUCUUCACCUUACGCACGAAGUGUUUGCUCGGCUUUGGGUACAUCGCUGCGAAGUUCCAGAGUACCUAAUCAUAUCAUGGGUCCAUUCACAAACCAAGACCAACUCCACGACUAUCUCUUAAGUCCGGUAUCUGAGCAUGGUUUCAAUUCAACUGAAGAUUACAAUCAAGCUUUGGCACAAGCAACCGAGAUUCGCGAAUACUUUUAUAAAAUUACUUUCACACACGGUGACUUCAAGGCCCACAACAUUCUCGUCGGGGAUGAUGCUCAUCUAUCGGCUUUUCUUGACUGGGAAUCAGCUGGCUGGUACCCCGAAUAUUGGGAGUUAGUGACAGCAUCACGAUUUGGAAAAGACAGCUGGUGGGCUCAGGUGGCUUCAUGGAUUGAAGACGGGAAAUAUGAAAGAGAAUUGGCUUGUGAUAUUGCGCUUAACUCCUUGACUGUGGACUCUUACAUAGCCUUCUGA